AUGUAUGGAUUCCGCCAGCACCUGAGCACCGAAGACGUCCUGAUCCAAUUACACGAGCUAGUGAUUAAAAGAGCAGCGAGGCACGCGCCCCGGGGUAUACUGGCUUUGGACCUCAAGGGGGCCUUCGACAACGUGUCCCGUGCCAGCGUGCUCGAGAACCUGCGCAAGACGGGGUGUGGCCUCAAGACCGACGGCUAUAUUAAAGAUUUCCUAACCAAUAGAACGGCAACUAUCCGGAUACGAAAGGAACGGUCAGAGCCUGUGGAGCACGGAGACAGGGGUACCCCACAGGGGUCAGUCCUGUCGCCUCUGCUUUUCAUCCUAGCACUCCUGCCCCUGCCCGAGCUACUCAAUCAGAUCCAGGGCGUGGACCACGCAUUCUAUGCCGACCAUAUGACAGUGUGGACGAACCGCGCGGGGUCCGAUGCCUGGGCGGAGGAAGCCCUGCAGAGAGCGGCAACGACCGUCCACGACGACGGCAAGGCGCACGCAGCCGUCAACAAAAUCAAGACCACAUCAGAGCAGGUCCUGAGCAUGAUACGGAGAGUCACCAACCGGAACAGAGGAAUCAAAGAAGAAGACGCACUGCGCCUGGUACAGGCAUUCCUCGUGUCACACGUAACGUACUGCGCCCUGUACCUCCAGCUUGCGAAGGUGAACCGCGAGACGCUGAACACGACGAUAAGGAAAGCAGUCAAACUCGCCAUGGGCAUCCCAGUCUACUCGUCAACACAGAAACUGCCGGAAUUGGGUGCCCACAACACGGUGGAAGAGCUGGUGGAAGCACACCUAUCCCACCAGAGAGUAUUUGUGUACCACUGCACGAUGCACGAGUGGAGCGAGGAGGUGAAACUGGUGUAA